UCCAAUUCCAAUAUCAAGAGAGAAAGCAAGAGCAGCACCACCGAAAUGGGCGAGGCAACACACCACAAGAGCUCAGGCUCUUUUGUAGGCGCCAUCGAUCAGGGCACUACCAGCUCGCGCUUCUUAAUUUUCAACACUGCUGGCGAGGUCGUGGCAUCUCACCAGCUCGAGUUCAAGCAAUAUUAUCCUCAACCUGGCUGGCAUGAACACGACCCGCUCGAGAUUGUCUCCUCGGUCGAGACGUGCAUCGACGGUGCCGUCCAGGCCUUUGAGGCACAGGGCCACGACCCGCGCCAGAUCAAGUCCGUCGGCAUCACCAACCAGCGCGAGACCACGGUGGUCUGGGACCGGACGACAGGCGAGCCUCUGCACAAUGCCAUCGUCUGGACCGACGUGCGCGCCUCGGACCUGGUCCGCCGGCUCAAGCGGCGUCUUGGGGCCUCGGAACUCACCCAGCGCUCCGGCCUGCCCCUCAGCACCUACCCCUCCGUCAGCAAGCUGCUGUGGAUGAUUGCCAACGUCGACAAGGUCCGCGAGGCCUACGACGCCGGCAAUCUUGCCUGUGGCACCGUCGACACGUGGCUCGUGUACCGGCUCAACGGCGGCGCCGACAGGAACGUCUUUGUCAGCGACCCCAGCAACGCGAGCAGGACCAUGUUUAUGAACAUACACUCUCUCGAGUACGACGAGGACCUGAUUGACUUCUUCCGCCUCGACACGGAAAAGGUCGCACUCCCCACCAUCGUGCCCUCGUCAGACCCCAAGGCCUACGGCUCCCUGGCCGGCACCUCCCUCAAGGGCGUGCCCAUCAUGGGCUGCCUGGGCGACCAGUCGGCGGCCCUGGUCGGGCAAAAGGCCUUUGCUCCCGGCCUGGCCAAGAACACGUACGGCACCGGCAGCUUCAUCCUGAUGAACGUGGGCGAGAAGCCCGUCAUCUCGACGCACGGGCUGCUGACGACGGUCGCGUUCGACUUUGGGCCGGGCAAGCGCUUCUACGCGCUCGAGGGCAGCAUCGCCGUGGCCGGGUCCAGCGUCAAGUUCAUGGUGGACAGCUUCAAGUUUGCCGAGUCGAGCGCCAAGCUCAGCGCGCUGGCCGAGUCGGUCCCGGACAACGGCGGCGUCGUCUUCGUCACGGGCUUCAGCGGCCUCUACGCCCCUUACUGGUACGACGACGCCAGGGGCACCAUCUUUGGCAUCACCAGCUACAUCACCCCGGCCCACGUCGCCCGCGCCACCCUCGAGGCCACCUGCUUCCAGACAAAGGCCAUCCUGGACGCCAUGCACAAGGACAGCGGCAAGGCGCUGGAGGAGCUCGCCGUCGACGGCGGCAUGUGCAACUCGGACUUGACCAUGCAGACCCAAGCAGACCUCAUCGGGAUGCCCGUCAACCGGCCCCAGAUGCGUGAGACCACCGCCUUUGGCGCCGCCAUCGCCGCCGGCAUGGCCUCUGGUGUGUGGAAGACGUUUGAAGACCUCAGCGAAGUCAACACCGAGGGCAGGACGUUGUUCAAGCCGCAGAUUUCACCCGAGGAGAGCUCAAAGCGUUUUGCUAGGUGGGAGAAGGCUGUAGAGAUGAGCAGAGGAUGGAUGGCUUGA